CUGUAUUGUUCUGUAAUGUUUCAUUACAGCUUGUAGAUUUUCAGUGGAAACUGGGGAUGGCAGUGAGCUCAGACAGUUGCAGAUCUCUCAAGUAUCCUUACGUUGCAGUGUUGCUGAAGGUGAUGGAUCAUUCAGGCCAAGUGAAGAACAAGUCCUUUGAAAUGACAAUUCCACAGUUUCAGAAUUUCUACAGACAGUUCAAGGAAAUUGCUGCAGUUAUUGAAACUGUGUGAAAACUGAUUACUUGGUUGAUAAGUUGUGGCCAUCAUUCUAAAAUCAUGGACUUCACUUUCUGUAACAAACUGUAUAUGGAUCCAAUGAUAUUUAUUGACUGAAAAUUGUACUUUUGUUUUUCUAUUUUUUAAUAAUAAAAAAUCACACAA